GUAACUGUAUCCCCUGAAACUCACCAACACAUGAUGCAAGAGUUUAUUUUCAUUGAAGCACUUCAUGCACCUCAUUGGUCAGUAAGGCAAGUGAAGUGCAGUCCAGAGGCUUGUGUUUGUCAUGGUGGUCACUUAUUUCUUGCAGCAGAAGAGUAAUGGACACAUGGAUGUACAGUUCAACCAAAUAGUAAAUAAUAAUUCUAAUCAUUUAACAUGAAAUGCUGUAGAGAGCAAAGAGAGCAAAAUGGCUGAAGAAAAGGGGAAGUGCAGAUUUGCAGCUACAGCAAACAGUCUGGAUAGAAAGACAAACGGACUGAGACAUGUCUGCUGCUGAGAGGCUGAAGGUGCUACUCUUCUUAGCUUUGUUUUUCGGAGCAACGGGGUUUCUGUUCACACUGCUCUCCUGUGGGACGGAGUACUGGCUGCUGGCUGCUGAGUCCUGCAGCCAGCCAGGGGACAGCUAUGGAGGAAGUAGCCUGAGCGAAAGGAAGGGCAGCACCAAGGCUAUACAUGGUGUGAGGAUCUUCCAUGAGGGUCUGUUUUGGCGGUGCUCUUUCCUGACUCUUUCAAAUGAAUACUCUAUAUGGGACCUGUGGAUCUCAAACCAGCCACCAUCAAAGGUCUGCCAGGCCGCUUUCCUCUUCCCGUUUCCUGUUAAUGAGCCAAUUGGAUCAUGGGUGGAGCCACACGGUUUACCCACAGAACCGUAUGAACACCACUCUGCCAUUGUUUUUAGAACCUUCUGGAGCAUCUUCCUCUUCUCAGGCUUGACGGGCGCCGUCAUUGGUGGAUUUGUUGUUAUCUGUGCCGGCCCGCUGGCCAAUCAAAAACUCUAUAAAGUGGGUGGGGCCCUUCAGCUUUGUGGAGGUCUGUGCCUGCUGGCAGUGGUGGUGAUGUAUCUGAUGUGGGUCGAGGUCCUGGACACUUUGGAGCAGUUUGCCCGGCAUCAGAGAAUCUCCAGUUGCCCCUCUUUCCACCUCAGCAUCCAGCACGGUCCUUCGUUCCUCCUGGCUCCCGUCGCUGUCUUCUUCUGCUUGCUGGCUGGCCUCCUCUUCAUCCUGGUUGGUCGGAGUAUUCAGGGGAUACGGCUGCAUAAAAGAAACAAGAUUCCUGAUUCUUCCAGAAUCUGAUGUUUAGAUGUCAUUCCCUCUUACAUAUAGUUUAUUGAAAUGUACCGCUUCACCAAGGAUGAGCAUCUUGUAUUGAAAAUUGCAAUGAAGUCAUACUCCAGCAGCUCAGGAGCUGAUUAUUUCCGACAAAGAAAUAUUCAGCUGAAGAAUUUCUUGUGUGCACGUGCAGGUGGGGGUGGAAAGUAAAUAACUUUUUUUGUACAUAUACUCAAAUACCUAAAGGCCCUGCACUUCCACACAGGUGAUUUCAAUUAUUCUGCCUAAUUACAGAACUCUAGUUGAGUUGUGACUGGGGAGUGCCGUGAUGGGAAUUACAUCAAACUAAAUGUACCAAUAAACAGUCUAAAAGGUGCACGUUGUCCUAACCCGAGGUUUAAGCAGGCAACAUAGGUGAAAACACCUGUGUGGGUAUACCUUGUUUGUGGGGAGGUACUUUUUAUGCAACUUUAUAAUCAUCUAAAUCACUACAUUUCAGUGGGAAACACUGUACUUUUUACUUCAUCACAUUUAACAGUUUAAAUGAUACAUUGUUAUAAUCAAUCAAUCAAAAGUUGGUAAGACAGGAGCCUACCUCAACCUUUAAAUUUGGCUUUAACAGUAAUGCAUUAGUAAAAAUUAUCCAAUAAAAUAAUAAACACUC